AUGAUCAUUUGGUCGGAGGUUCUUAGCGAGGGUCUUACGCCUUAUGAUCGCGCAGGACAGCUAGCUUCCAUUUUUUGUCAUGUCCUGACCGGCAUAAACUCGUGGGAACUCAUUCAGUCACUGAGGUUUGAUUGGUCUGUGCUGCGUAGACGACGAGCGUGUUUGUGGGGGUUCUUCGUCAUUUAUGUGUUCUGCCAAUACCUGGCUAUUGCUCCAAUGGUCAUGACCUUCCUUUUUGUGAACGCCGACGGGAUGGUGCGGGAUCACACUGUCCGAGUCGUCUUCGAGAGCCUAAGUGCCUUCUCAAUUUGCAGUUCGUACUCAAUCCUGAUUAUACGCGUGGUCGAGUCGUCCAACAAUUGUUACAUUGGGCUGGCUAUGGGUAUACUGUUUUUAGGGUUGUGGAUCUUCAUAUUGCAAGCCAUGGUUGUUGCCCAUUUUGUUGUAAGAGAUGGGCUAGGCUUGUUUAGAUUUACUGUUCUUUUGACUCUUUUGUCAUCCUUUGUGCUCAUCGCAAGCAUGCUCAGUGUAUUCCUGGGACUAAAAAAGGACAAUGUAAGGGGUCUUCGCGCUAUCUGCAGGGAGGCAAUCCGCUGGGAUAUGCACUUGAUAUUCGCAACGUGGGCGGCCUCUAUAACUGCGGUGAUGCUGGGCAUUUUUCCCGAGAGCACAGGAGCAACUGUGACGUUCUUUGCGGGAUAUUUGGCAUUGUUACAAUCGCUUCCGCCUGUCGAGUGUAUCGUCGCAUGGUGCGACGCUGCGGUAGUUGUCCAGUUCGUCACUGGAGUCUUUUCAAGCUGCGGCGGCCUGCGUAUGUUCUUCAAAAAGGUUUCAGCGGCAUUUGGAAGAUCGCACCAUCACACCACGAGUUCCGCAACUACCAGUACUAUAGUUUCGCUGGGUAUCAUCCAGGGUCCCUCAUCGGUGAGUACCAUGGAGGAAGGUCCGCCGUCAGGUGCCGCCUUCUCUUCCAGGUCAGUCAGUCCGCUUAGCGAGCAGGCCGUUCGGGUUGUCCCGGUAGGACGCUGA